UCAAUGAUGUCAUCUCCUCUUUUUCUGUUUGAGAUGGGUGAUAGGAAAAUGUUCUAAAAUAAGACUGAGUGACCUCUUCAUCCCUUGACUUCUCUUUCCACGAGCCGAAAAACUGCCUGAAGAAAUGACCACUCAGCUACCAGAAGAGUCUGUGGAGACCCAGAGCUCAGAUGAGCUCGAGUGCAAGAUCUGUUACAACCGCUAUAACCUGCGGCAGAGAAAGCCAAAAGUGCUGGAGUGCUGUCACAGAGUGUGUGCCAAAUGCCUUUGCAAGAUCAUAGACUUUGGGGAUUCCCCACAAGGAGUCAUAGUGUGCCCGUUCUGCAGGUUUGAAACGUGCCUGCCGGACGAUGAGGUCAGUAGUCUUCCUGAUGACAACAACAUCCUUCUGAAUUUGGCUUGUGGGGGAAAGGGAAAGAAGUGCCUACCAGACAACCCAACAGAACUGCUGUUGACUCCCAAAAGGCUGGCAUCUCUGGUUAGCCCUUCUCACACCUCUUCCAAUUGCCUGGUUAUAACAAUCAUGGAAGUACAAAGAGAAAGUCCCCAGACUCUGAACUCAACGCCCGUGGUGGAAUUUUACAGGCCUACAAGUUUUGACUCUGUUGCAACUGUGUCCCACAACUGGACAGUGUGGAACUGCACAUCCUUGCUCUUCCAGACCUCGAUUCGGGUGCUAGUGUGGUUGCUAGGGCUUCUGUACUUUAGCUCCUUGCCUUUAGGGAUUUAUUUACUGGUAUCCAAGAAAGUCACCCUUGGGGUUGUCUUUGUGAGCCUUGUUCCUUCGAGCCUUGUUAUUCUCAUGAUUUACGGCUUUUGCCAGUGUGUUUGCCAUGAAGUUCUAGACUGCAUGUCAUCUUGAUAACAAAUACAGUAAAAAAAGGUGUAUUACCAGAUGUGUAGCAUAGUUGAUCUAUCCUGGUUUUGUAUUCUUUGUACUCUUAUUUAUUCUUAUUGUCCAUCCCACUAAAUGGAAGCAGUUACGUGGUCCCUUUUUUCCC